CCACGAGGUUGUUUACCUGUCAUAUUGAAAGACAGGUAAAGCCACGGAUUUGGCUAAAGCAAAGCAGAAACGAAUAGGAACGUCUUCAUAUUUCGAUAACAGGUGAAAAUGUUUCGGGAAACCCCCAAGAUCGUAAUUGAAGAUGCGACGGCGCCUAGCGCAGCUUACGCGCCCAGUGUACGCAUGGAAGAUUUGAUGGAUAAGUUGAAAAUUCUCAACUAUGACACUGAAUUCGUACAAAAUAUGAAAAUGAAACCUAUAAACCGGCACUACUUCGUCGUUGCGACCAAUUCGGGGGAGCAGUUCUACAUGUUUACAUCGCUUGCUGCCUGGUUGAUAAGAAAAAGUGGAGCAAAUUUCGACCAGCCACAGGAAUACGAUGAUCCGAACUCAACCAUAUCCAUGAUUCUUGAUCACCUCAGAGCAAUCGAAGUUUCCGUCGAAUUUCCUCCAAACAAAUUAAAGCAGGGGGCUGGCGAGCAUGCUAUUUAUGUAUUGGACUGCCUCGCUGAUCAGGCUAUCAAAGUUCUCAAUUUCAAAUGGAAAAAAGUUGAAAUACCCCCAGAAGAUCCUACACCAGAGCCUGAGGUAGAAGAUGACGAUGCAGAGUUGAUAUUGGAAAAAGUUGAGGAAGAAAUGUUGGCCGAGUAUGAGGAGGAGGAUGAGGAUGAUGUGCUACAUGUAGAUGACAUAACUAAACUUUAUGGACAAAAUAUGCCCGACAUUCAGAAGCCAGAGAAUAUCCUUGAGUCUAAUACAGACAUGGAAGAAUGGAAACUUGAAUUAGAGAGAGUCUUACCUCAGCUGAAGGUAACUGUAAAAACUGAUUCCCGAGACUGGAGAGCUCACUUGGAUCAGAUGAAACAGCAUCGGUCAAAUAUUCAUGCAAAUCUUGGUAAUACAAAGAGCCAACUAGAGAGGUUGCAUUCCGACAUAGGAAAUACGUUGGAUAAGAUAAAAACACGAGAAAUGUAUGUGAACAGACAAUUGGAGCCUGUACUAAACGAAUUUCAAACAUUGCAAGAGGAAAUGUCGAAAGUGAAGGAGCAGUACAGAGACGUCAGUGGUGGAGUGACUGAGAGAACGAGAACUCUAAAUAAGCUAACUGACGAAUUAGAGCAAGUUAAGCGAGAAAUGGAUGAGAGAGGAUCAAGCAUGACCGAUGGAACUCCAUUGAUAAAUAUUAAAAAAACGAUUACAAAAAUGAAGAACGAAAUCUCGGAAAUGAAUGUCAGAAUAGGUGUCCUCGAAUACAGCUUGAUGUGCACCAGAGUUCGUGAUCGUACUCAACUUCAGGAGGAUAUGAACAGCACAAGCAGUUCGCUGAUGAUUUGAGAAAAAUUUAAGGUCAGGUAUAUCUAAAGUUCGUGCAUAUUUU